CACGUGCAUCUGGAAUGGGAUAUGUGCACUACUUGACUGUGUUCUGGGUCCUGUAUAGCCAGGUCCCUGCUGGUGUUAGACACGUGUGCCUUUAGGGACUCUCUUCCCAAGGGCUGUCUCAGGAGCUUCCCUGCCUCUCUCCCCUCCCUGCUCAGGAGAUGAACCUUUUCUGAGGUGUUGGCUCUGCUCUGCUCAUCCUUCUGAGAAGCCUCACUGUGCUGACAUCCCAGCAUCUUCUCCACUGGACUUUGUCACAGUUCUGAGAGUGUCCCAUUCUCCGCUGGCAUGAAAACUUCCUCAAAGCCUCAGGGAAAGUGCCAGCAGGUAUACCUGUCUCUCCCGGAUGCCGAGAUUUGAGACCCAGAAAUCUCCCAUGGCUCCUAUUCACAUCCGCCAGUACCAGGACAGAGACUAUAAAAGUGUCCUGGAUUUGUUCAUAAGUGGCAUGGAAGAGCACAUCCCCACCACCUUCCGCCACCUGCUGACGCUGCCCCGGACCCUCCUGCUCUUACUUGGGGUGCCGCUUGUCAUGGUCCUGGUGUCUGGCUCCUGGCUGCUAGCUGCUAUGAGCAUCUUCUUUGUGCUCUUUCUGCUGAAGCUCCUUGCCAGACAGCCCUGGAAGGAAUAUGUGGCCAAGUGUUUGCAUACAGACAUGGCUGACAUCACCAAGUCCUACAUGAAUGCACGUGGCUCAUGCUUCUGGGUGGCUGAGUCUGGGGGAGAGUUGGUGGGCAUCGUGGGUGGUCUACCAGUCAAGGAUCCCCCAUUAGGGAGGAAGCAGCUGGAGCUCUUUCACCUGUCUGUGUCCUCACAGCAUCGUGGACAGGGAAUAGCAAAAGCUCUGACCAGAACUCUCCUCCAGUUUGCACGGGAUCAGGGCUACAGUGAUGUCGUCCUUGAGACCAGCAUCUUGCAGAAAGGUGCUCAUGCCCUUUACAUGAGCAUGGCCUUCCGGAAGACAAGACAGUACUUCUUGGGUGCAUUCUGGAGAUUAGUGGAUAUUCCAGCAAUUCAAUUUAAGCAUUCCUUUCCUUCUGCUUAGGAAGUGGAAUGAGACCUUUGUUCCUGUGCAGGAAGCACAUCCCAUUCACUCUUCAUGAACCAGUGAACCCUGUCAUGUAGGCGUAAUGAACAAUAAAAACUCCUUGCUGGUG